UUAACCGAGAGAGAGAGAGAGAGAGAGAGAGAGAGAGAAAGAAAGAGGGAGAAAUAGAAAGAAAGAAAGAAAGAAAGAAAGAGAAAUAGUGAUAAAGACAGGUCAUAUUGCAAUAGCUAGAAUAUGAUGAUUGUAUUAAUAUUUUAAGCAGUAUUCAAUCUAAAAUAAAUUAAAUAUAUAUAUAUAUAUUUUUUGUAUAUAUCAGUUUUUUUCUUUACUUUUCACGGACAUUAUUGCACGGAUUUUUUUUUCUCUCUUUUUUUUUUGCGUUUUUAAUUAAUUCCUUCGCUCACACACAGAGUUGCGCGCAGGUACGCAGCCGGGAGGAUGCUGGCGCUGACACGGAGCUCGCGCUGCUGCUGUUUGCUCGCGCUUCUGCUGCUGCUGCUGCGGAGCCCCGCGGGCGUGAAAGCGUCCGGACACAGCAAGAACAACAACUCCAUUAAAACCUCGCCCCUCGGUGAGGCUUCCACGACCGCAACAGCCCCUGCAGCAGCCGCCGCAGCCGCCGCGUCCGCGCACCCGGACAGCGCCGCCGCUCACGCGCCCGCCAAGAAGGCCAACGUCCCCGAGCAGCUGUACAGCAGUGAGAAGCAGUGCAGCAGUGAUAAGGACUGUGCGGUCAGUAAUUACUGUCACAGCUCUCAGCACGGCCCGUCGCGAUGCGUCACCUGCCGCCGGAGGAAGAAGCGAUGCCACAGAGAUGCCAUGUGCUGCCCCGGGAACCGCUGCAGCAACUUUAUCUGCGUCGCGUUCCCCGAGAACCUCAUGACUCAUCACAUCUCACCGAAGGAGCAAAAAAAGCUAAGCAAAGACAAAGGCUGGAAAAAGAAUGGGAAAGUCCAGACCAAGGUCUCCCUCAAAGGUCAUGAGGGCGACUCUUGCCUGCGUUCUUCCGACUGUUCAGAAGGUUACUGCUGUGCCCGCCACUUCUGGACCAAGAUCUGCAAGCCGGUUCUGCGCCAAGGCGAAGUGUGCACCAAACAACGCAAGAAAGGCUCGCACAACUUGGAGAUCUUUCAGCGCUGUGACUGUGCCAAAGGCCUGGUGUGCAAAGUGUGGAAAGACGCCACGUCCUACUCCAAGUCCAGACUGCAUGUGUGCCAGCGGACCUGAGAGGACAGAGGGAGCGGUGGCGAACGAGGGAACUGCACCGGAAGGCCCUUCGUUCCCUCCAGAGAGCGAGGUGAAGAGGACUUCCUCUUCCCAGGACUCAGAAAUAUGUGAAGGGGAAAUCAUGGAUAAACGAGUGGAGGUUACGUGAGACAGAGAUUCAUCUGGGCCAGUGUGUGUGAUUCUGUAUGUGUGUUUGUGUGUAUGUACAUGUAAUGUGUUUGUGUGCACAUGUGUUUUUGUACUGGAUGAUUGAGGUUCACUAGCGAAGAUCGAGGUUCAUGAUCAGAUCCAGCUUUGGGUUCUUUUUUAUACCAAGCGUCUUUUCAUGACUUUUUUUUUUUUUCGUUUCUUUUUUUUUGCUGAACAUGCUUUGAAGAGAUUUAUUUGAAAGCCAUAGCCUUAACAACAGGUAAUGAGAUAAUGAAAUAAUGUUGCUGUCCGUAGAAAGUUAGGCUCGACAGCAAAAAAAAAAAAAAAAAAAGACUGAGUUUUCCAGCACGGAGACGCACAUAGAUUUUAUCCACAUUCUGCCAGGCUUCAGGGGAAUCUAUCAGAAAUAACCACUAUAUGCCAUCGAUUCUGUGCAAAACAUAAUAGUUCUGUAAUACACUCAAGUAUAUAACCACAUGUUCAUGUUUGUUAGGUCUACCACAUCUCAUUUCAAGCUUAUUACUUUUUAUAAGCACUCGUUUUUUUUAUAUUGUCAAAAAACUAACAAAAAAAUGUGCGAACAGUCGCUUAGUCUUGUCAUUUCUCGCAUUUUUGCAGAAGGGUACCGUACCAUGCUUCAGUGCUGUUUUACUGGUUUAGGGCUGUAUUCAGUGUUGGGGAGUCCACAAAUUCCAUCGAUAUUUAUUCAAAUGAAAUUUGUACACUUAUACCUUCUUUUCGGUCGCCACAGCGGAUCAUCCGUCUCCAUACCCCCCUGUCCUCUACACCUGCCUCUUUCAACCCAACUACCUUCAUGUCUUCCCUCACCACAUCCAUAAACCUCCUCUUUGGCCUUCC